GUCCAUUCCAUCAGUAUUGACAGUUCUUUUGUCCGACAGUCCGACACAUGUCCGACAUUUUUAAUCUUUAUAGGUGUCUUUUGCAAAUGUUUAAAAAAAUAAAAAGAGAAAUUCUGCAUCUUCAGCGUAGACGUACUACGCAGACAUAAUAAAUGAGUAAUAUUAUAAUACAACUUCUAUAAACAUUUUUGAUGUGACUUGAUAAUUUUAUUCAUAUCCAUAUCUUGUUCUAUUGAUAUUUUCCAAUAUUUGUAUUCGGCUUUUUGCUAAUUUGCUUAGCUAUGGAAUUUAAGAUUGAAAUUAAAGAAGAAUUUGUUGAAUAUGGCCAAACAUUAGGAUUAGAUAGUCAGCAGCAACAAACAUCAGAUCUUUGUGACAUGAAGCAUGAAGGAGAAGGUAACUGGGCUGUGGAACUAAAAACUGAAAUUAAGGAGGAGGUUAUUGAAGACAAACUACAAUAUGUAGAACUUCAGCUGUCUGCACCUCUAGAACUUGAAGACUUGGAAAAUGAAAUAGAUGAUGAUAAAUCAGUUGUGGAACUAAAAACUGAAGUUAAAGAAGAGGUAGAGGUUAUUGAAGAUAAACGACAAUAUGUAGCACCUCAGCUGUCUGCGGCUCUAGAACUUGGAGACUUGGAAAAUAAAACAAAUGAUAAAUCAGGUGUUUCUAACAAGAAGAAUGGAAUGGAUAAUUUGAAAACAUUACCUGGGGAGUCAUGUAAUAAGCAACAAAUAAGUCCAAACUGGGAAGAAGUAACAAUAAAUAAUUCUAUCUGUUCUAAAGAUAUUAUUAAUUACAAAAAUAAUUUAAAUGAACUUAUGAAAGUUGCGACUGGAGAAGGACUUCACAGAUGUGAAAUUUGUUUUAAGGAAUUUACUGAAUCAAGAAGUUUAAAAAGGCAUUUGAGAGUGCACACUGGAGAAAAACCACACAAGUGUGAAAUUUGUGUAAAGCAGUUUAUUUCGCCAAGUCAUUUGAAAAGACAUUCGAUAAUACAUACUGGUGAAAAACCUUAUAAGUGUGAAAUUUGUUUUAAACUGUUUUCUCUUCAAACUAAUUUGAAAAGACAUGUGGUGAAACACACUGGAGAAAAACCACAUAAGUGUGAAAUUUGUUUUAAGGAAUUUAACAAUUCGAUAAGUUAUAAAAGGCACUCAAGACUGCACACUGGAGAAAACUUAUACAAGUGCAAAAUUUGUUUGAAGCAAUUUAGUGAAGCAACAUUUUUAAAAAAUCAUUUGAAAAGGCACACUGGUGAAAAGUCUUACAAGUGUGAAAUUUGUUUGAAGUCAUUUGGUGAAGCAUGUAAUUUGAAGAGACAUUUGAGACUUCACACUACGGAAAAACCUUAUAAGUGUGAAAUUUGUUUUAAGUCUUUUAGUGAUGCAAGUAACUUGAAAAAUCAUUUGAGAAUACAUACUGGGGAAAAACCUUAUAAGUGUGAAAUUUGUUUUAAGGAAUUUACUGAGUCAAGAAAUGUAAAGAAUCAUUUGAGAUUGCACACUGGUGAAAAGCCUUACCAGUGUGAAAUUUGUUUUAAGGCAUUUAUUGAAUCAUCCACUUUGAAAAAACAUUUGAGAAUACACACUGGGGAAAAACCUUAUAAGUGUGAAAUUUGUUUUAAGGAAUUUACUGAGUCAAGAAAUUUAAAGAAUCAUUUGAGAUUGCACACUGGUGAAAAGCCUUACCAGUGUGAAACUUGUUUUAAGGAAUUUACUGAAUCAGGUAGUUUGAAAAAACACUUAAGAAUUCACACUCAAGGAAUUCGUUACAAGUGUGAAAUUUGUUUUAAAAAAUUUAAUAGUCCAAAUAGUUUAAAAAGGCACUCGAAACUGCACACUGGAGAAAAUUUGCACAAGUGUGAAAUUUGUUUUAAGGAAUUUACUGAAUCAGGUAAUUUAAAAAGUCAUUUGAGAGUGCACACAGGGGAAAAACCCUACAAGUGUGAAAUUUGUUUAAAACAAUUUAGUGAUGCAAGUAACUUAAAAAUACAUUUGAGAAUACACACUGGGGAAAAACCUUAUAAGUGUGAAAUUUGUUUGAAGGAAUUUACUGAAUCAAGAACUUUGAAAAAACACUUAAAAAGUCACACUCGAGAAAAACCUUCCAAACCUUACAAGUGUGGAAGUUGUUUUUCACAGUUUAGUAGUUCAAAUGGUUUAAAAAGGCAUUCGAGACUGCACACUGGUGAAAACUUACACAAAUGUGAAAUUUGUUUUAAGGAAUUUACUGAAUCUGCAGGUUUGAAGAGGCAUUUGAGAAUGCACACUGGAGAGAAGCCUUACCAGUGUGAAAUUUGUUUUAAGUCAUUUGGUGAAGCAGGUCAUUUGAAAAAACAUUUGAGAGUGCACACAAGAAGCAAUUUAGUGAAACAAGCAGUUUAAAAAGAUGUGUAACAAAUCUCCUACAUGUAUGCAACCCCUGUUGCAUGGUGUGUAUAUGUGUUGCCUGUCCUGUAACUACUUUGUGUGCUUAUAGAUAAUCAGCCCUGUGAUGUAUCAAAAACGUUAUAUGACAUAUUACACGUUAUGUUAAAAUAAGGUUUGACCAUAACAGACUGUAUACGCUGUGAGCUUCGCUGGUGGCGCUCCUAGCGGAUUACUGGAAUUAUCUUUCACCGGUAAUUUUUAAAUUUAUUAUUUAAUUGUUAUCGCUUAACAUUUACAACGCAAAAAAUAAAUUAAAUUGUAAUCGAUUUUUUUAAGAUUUUGCUAAUCAUUUUGACGUUCUAUUGAUAAAAUAUGAAUUUCUUACUUCGGAUACUUUCACAAUUAUCGUGUAGAUGGCGCUAAGAUUUUAAGAUUAAAUUAUAAUUACAUAUUACGGAACAUUAAAAAAACUUAAAUUCAGUAUUUAAAACGUAAGUAUAUUUAAGGUAAAAAUAUAUACCACAGCUUUGACCAACUAAUAUUUUUUAUAAUUAAUGUUUUUAAUUUUAAUUUUACAUUAAUCACUUUGACAUUUAUGUCAAAUUUCCGGUAAACGUUUGCAGACUUGCCACUACUGGCGCUCGAGAAUUUGUAAGUAUCCCCUCUACGUACGAGCUCACAGCGGAUAACGUGUUACCAAAAAUUAGAGGUGAUGUAUCAUGUUUUUAACGAGCACGUUAUAUACGGAGAGCUAGAGCCGAAAAAUCAUCGUUAUAAGUAAUAUGGAGUUUUUCCUGUGAAAUGUGUCCAUGGUAUAUUGUCAAUUAUGACCCCUUUCAGGCUGACACCUCAGUGGAUACAGGAAGUAGCAAUAAGGGAUGAAAGUGGAAAGUUAGUGCAGUCAUUAAAGGUUUUCACCUCCUAUUUUGUUAAACCUCCAUCGAUUUGCAUGGAAAUUGGUGACUAGUUAGAGCAUACCUCAAGAAAUAAAACUGAUUUGGUGCCAACUUGCACUUUUACCUUGGUGGUGAAUACCACCCCUUCCCGCCGGUGAAAACAAUUUUAUUAAAAAUAAGCCCACAAAUCGAUAGAGGGACACAUUCUGUACCUCGGAGGUAAAGGACACUAUGUCCAUUUUCGUACUUUUUCAGGAGAGCAGUUUAAACAUUUUUUAAAUUUGUAAUCGCUAAAUGCUCAAAUGUUACUUAUAUUUAACCAAGAUUAAUAUAUUAUUUUUGUUGUGUGUAAUCGUUUUUCCUUCCAUGAAGUGUUAUAUACCUGAAGCUUACCAUUCACUAUAAAAAAAUGUUUUUUAAAUGUGUAGUUGGACAUAGUGUUGUUUACCUCUAACGACUUUUUUAAAUAAUGUGACACUACAUGUUAAGGUCUCUACGAAAUAAACAAGACAAACACAUUAAACAGCCCAUACUAUUAUUUUAUUAAAAAUACGAAUAAUAUAAUGUUAUAACAAUUCAGUAAAAUGAUAGACGACAAGUCACAAAAUUGUUAGAGAGGCUCCAUAUCAUUUUCAUCUCCUUGGGGGUAAUCGUUUGUGGCUACAUCGCUAUGUGUUAAAUUUUGAUAAAAAGCAUGACAAACCGACGGAACAAACGGCAAUAGUGCAAUUAAGUCAUUGUGCUUUUGUUUUGUGAUUGGUAAUGGGAUUAUUGAGACUUGAUUUAGUUGUGCUGGAAACGUUACUUCUUGUCUUCGAUACCUCGUGAAGUCCACCUCAUACAUAUUUUGGUCAUUGAAAUCGGUCUUAUAAAAGAGCUUUCCAAUGUGUUCUUGUUGAACUUGAAGGAAAACACAUGUUGACAGUAGAACAGGCUCUUUGUUAACAUUAUUUUUUCUAUUUACAAAAGGAGGAUUAGGUGACAGUUUCUUAUCGAACAGCGUUUUGAAGUUUUUGAAAUCUGCAAGUUUCAUAUUGUGCACUGUGUAUUUACCUGAUGUUUAAAUGUGUACCUGUGUUAAAAUGGCGAAAUUGGGGAGUUUCUUUCUUUUUCUCUCGAUCAAUGCAUGGACACUGUCUGCUUCCAUAUGCGUGUGCCCUUUCAGUAAAAACUUGUGUGUGAUUGCCUUUAUUUGAGGGUACGUGUGCAAUAUCCAAAAAUAGUACAUUAUAAUGCUUAUAUUUUUAUUUUGACCAUAGCAGUUAUCGGUCCAAAGAGUGAUGUCCUCUACUUGACUACCAGAGAUUGUAUUGUCAGCCCAUUUCAUAAUUGACGAGGCAAUUUCAUUUGCACCCCGGGGCCCUUUUGAUUCGUCCCACAUCAUACAUUGUACAGAGGAAUCACUGCCAUCAUAUAAUGUAAAAUUUAAUGUCCAAAGCUUCCUCUUGUAGAAACUAAUGCAAUUGUUUGUUAAUGGUGAAGGCAAACACUUUUGCAAAUCACCAGAUGCAAACCUUUGUGUUUUGGUGACUCCUUAGCCAUUGUGAAGUCCAGUUGUUUUAAGUUAUUUCGAGUUUUAGAUUCAAUCAGGUGAUCAUCAUGAUCAGCCUGUACACUUGUUAGUUCAUCUGCAGUAAGCUUAUUUUUCAAAGAUAAAAAAGAUCAAGGCAGGUUUUGUUUAUAUUUGAUUCAGAGUUGGACCACCAUCUCCAUAUAGCUAUUUCAGCAUCCUUAUUUUUCAAUUGAGCGGUGAAUGAACUGCAUGUAUCGCAGGUGUCUAUUUCAGGUGGUUUAAACGACAACUUGAAGUCUUUAUUAAAAAUGUCUGCGUAUAACCACUUUUUAGCUUUUAGCUUUGGAUCCACAUUUUUUUCAUUACAUUCAUCAAUGUAAAGUUGGUACAUCUUUUCUGUCGUCAGUUCUGUGCCCAGAUAAUUUCGCUUGCUCCUUUCUCUGGAGUAAUGACUGUCAUACUUUGGGAAGGAAUUGAUAUGUUGAUGUACACUGUUUAUGGUUUCAGUAGGAGUCUUAUUAGUUGGAGUAUGUCUACCUCUUUGAUCAGAUUUUAUUAAACCUCCUGGCUCAAUUUUUUUCAAUAUAUUCACUACUACUAAGUUGGAGAUACAAAGUGUGUUUAAAAACAUAAUCUUGCACACCUUCAAUCUCUGAUUGUUUACCGUAAAAUGGUAGUGUAAUGUAUUAUUUUUAGAUUUGGUAGAGUUUGGAUCUCUCUUUCUUGAUCGAACAGUAUGUUGUAUGUCGACACAUGAGAAGAUAAAUUGCCUUUUAACAUCUGAAACGUUUGUCUCAGUCCAGUAUGAGUUAAAGAUUUUUUGUCUUUCGUUUUCUGGCAAUCUUUCAGAGCAUUUCAUCCGACACAUGCAAGGAGGCUUUAACAUUCUUGCAGGCAUAUUUUUACCUCGUUUACUGAGAUACUCUUUCCCGACAGCUAUUUUCCGUUUGCGAACAUUACAGGCCCAAUUUUGUUCAUUCGCUACACGUUUUUUACCUUUCUGUUUGCACUUAGUUACAUGUUGUACCUUUCUUUUGCCACUUUUCUCUUCUGGUAAAAUAACUUCAUUAUGUUCAUUGGAAUUGUCUGCAUCAAUGUUUAGGGAUAAAUCGUCCUUAAGAAGAUUUUUAGUUGUUGCCCCACUAGUCGUAGGACUAGUAACAGUUUUCUCUUUUACCUUUGUUUUCGCUUGUUUACUUAUACGUCUCACAUCAUUAUCGUCUGAUUCUGAGCUUUCACCACUUAAAGGCUCAUAGGUUUUGUCAAUAUCCGAAUCAUCUCCAAACAAAUUAUCAUCUUCGUCCACUUCCCUACCAUUACCUUGAAAGUUACUGCAGUGACCAGGAGUUUCUGAAACAAAUCCAGCCUUGUACUAAGAAUCAUAGGCUAUUUUUGUAGGCCUAUUAUAAUUGGCCAACACAAAAAUAAUUUUUAUAACCAAAGACUGGAAUUAAAUGAGCAAUUUCCGUUACUCCCAUUAAAAAAAUACAGAUCUGGCUACAUCUGCUUACCCUAAAAUAUGUUGGUGUCAACAACAACAAUAAUUAUUGUUAUAACCAUUGCAUUUAAAAUUAAUUUUGCCUAAUCUUAGGAAUACCGGGAAUUGCUCGGUAAGUAAAUUCCGGUCUCUGCUGACUCUGCUUAUAACGCGAUAACAUAAAUAACACUACAUUGUCUUAAACAACUACAUUAUGGUUCUUUAAAACAGACAAAAUGCUGUAUGUACUAAUAAAAAAAAACAUUUGAACUGAUACUUUUAUUUUAUAGGUAUAGAAAAUGUAGACGCCUACGGUUUGAAAUUCUGAGAUCUAUACAAAAGAAUGUACAAUACUAAAUAUUUGCGGUUAGAAAAAUACUAAAUCAGUGAUAUUAAACAAUAGCUUACCUGUAGUUGUUCCAUUAGGAAUAUUACAUGACAGUAAUUGUAGUAUUCUUUUCCCACGAGAGUUCGGAUUCAUUUUGCAAUAAUUAUUAAACGGUUGUAUUUUAAAACUUUUAACAAUCUAACACUGUUCACUAUUGUGUGUGAACUAAAUAAAGUAGCUACAAUUAUUUUAGUUCACGACAAUUCCAUCACGCGCCAGGGGUAAGCAACACCAUGUCCGGAUGGUAAAUAACGGAGCAUACAUUUAGUAGAGGUAAACGAAACCAAGUCCACAUGGUAUUGUUUACCUCUGACUUGAACUGGACUUGGUGUUUAUUAAAAAGUCGGUAACUUGGCGUACAAUUGUCUCUGGACAUAGUGUGGUUUACCUCUGUGUAGAGCAAGAAAAGUUAUAUUAAAAAGUGCAAUAAUCCCGAUUUCGAUAAAAAUGGACAUAUUGUCCUUUACCUCCGAGGUACAGAAUUUUAAGUAAAAUUUGUUAUAUCAUGUUAUUAAAAUAAAUAAAUACUUUUUGAGUUAAUAAAG